AUGUUAUUUGCUAAACAACAAGAUUAUAACCCUAUUGAACAAUAUUAACCAACCUCGUUUAGUUAUGGUUCAGGCAUUUAUACACCAUAAAAACCUAAGAUUGUUUACAAUAAUGGCAUUAUUAAUUAACAACCAAGAACCAGAGCUGAGAGAGUACGCAAAUCAAUUAUCUUAGGAAUAUCAAAAGGAAAUAGAAAUCAAAUCUGCAGGACCGAGAAUGCAAUAGAACUGUAACCAAUAAAAUUAUAAUCUAGAUUCACAGAAAGACGAUAUGAAAAGUCUUUUGCAUAGUCCAAUGCCUGAUACGACUCUUUUUCAGGCAGGUAUGUUUAUUAUAUGAAAAAAACAGAACGAGAUAGAUUUGCAAAAGACUUCGCAGCCGAAGAUAAAAAGCAAAGAGAAAUGUAAUACAAGCUAAAAUAAUUAUCUUAUGAAUCAAGGAGAUUAGCAAAUCUAUAAAGGGAUGGUGUACUAUGGUAGCGAAAUGAAGAGUAUUUGCUUAAAGUAGGUAAUCAAAUUAAAAUAGGACGAAUAACGAAGACAGUAUCAUUCUGAACAAUUUACAAGAGGUAAAAGGAAUACAAAUGGAUUGGCAUAUAACCCUAUCACUUUGGAGUAUGCCUAAAAUGAGGCUGGCCAAGCAUUAAGGCGAUAUGACGAAUUGCAUUAAGUGAGAAAAUUUGUAAGGGCCAAAAAUUUAGACACAAGAGCUAAUUGUGGUUUCAAUGUAUUAAGUGGUAAUUUACUUAAAAGAUAAAUAAUAGGUUAGGAGAGACAGGGUGUUGAUUAAAUAGUUCCAGAUGAACUAAGACCCGACUAUUAAUUAAGAGUCAGAGAUUUAUAAAAUUAAUUAAAUUUAAAACAUUAUGCCAUCUAAUAAUAAAUAUUUUAAUGA